UCGAAGCAGAUACGAAGAGGAUGUGGAAGAGGCGAGAAGGAGAGGCAGAGAUGGGAGGCUGGGCGAUUGCCGUGCAUGGGGGAGCUGGUGUGGACCCCAAAUUGCCGGAGGAACGGCAGGAGGAGGCGCGGCGGGUGCUGAGACGCUGCCUUGGUGUGGGCGCCUCCGGCCUCCGAGCCGGCCUCCCCGCCGUGGACGUGGUGGAGAUGGUGGUCCGGGAGCUGGAGACCGACCCGGUGUUUAACUCCGGUCGCGGGUCCGCUCUGACUCAGGAGGGCACUGUGGAGAUGGAGGCCAGCAUCAUGGACGGCCGGGGACGCCGCUGCGGUUCCGUCUCCGGCCUCACCACCGUCAAGAACCCCGUCUCCCUCGCUCGCCUCGUCAUGGACAGGUCUCCCCACUCCUACCUCGCUUUCCACGGCGCCGAGGAUUUCGCCCGCGAACAGGUCCUCUCUCUCUCUCUCUCUCUCUCUCUCUCUCUCUCUCUCUCUUCCGCUCCUGAUGCAAUGCUAGUCCCGUUGCAGGGGGUUGAAGUGGUGGACAAUAGCUACUUCAUCACUGAUGAGAAUGUGCGUAUGCUGAAGCUGGCAAAGGAAGCAAACAGUAUCGUGUACGAUUACAGAGUUCCAGUCCCGAGCGCGGACACCUGCAGCGCCAGCGCUGGACUGGUGGGUGCAACGACAGAUGGGGGACUGCAGAUGAACGGCCUCCCAAUCAGCAUCUACGCGCCGGAGACCGUCGGAUGCGUGGCGGUCGACAGCGGUGGGUGGUGCGCCGCCGCGACGUCCACCGGAGGGCUCAUGAACAAGAUGAGUGGCCGCAUCGGGGACUCGCCCUUGAUCGGCUCCGGCACCUACGCCUGCGGAGCCUGCGCCGUGUCGUGCACCGGCGAGGGCGAGGCCAUCAUCCGAAGCACCCUAGCGAGAGAUGUGGCAGCGCUGAUGGAGUACAAGGGGCUCGGCCUCCAGGAGGCGGUGGACUACGCUCUCAAAGAGAGGCUGGACGAGGGCAAGGCCGGGCUCAUCGCCGUGUCGAGGAAUGGUGAGGUGGCCUAUGGAUUCAAUACCGUGGGUAUGUUUAGAGGAUGUGCAACGGAGGAGGGGUUUAUGGAUGUGGCCAUAUGGUAGGCGUCAUACUCUUUCUAUUCGUGGCCUAUGAAUUUAUAGCGAAUGUAUUGUAUAAAUCUUCAUUCCAUUUAUACUGUGGCUUUCUAUGAGCUUCAAAUAGUUGUUGUUUAUAGAAGUGGAAGAGGAAUAAGUUACGCUUGUAGUAAUGAGAUAUAUGAGACCUCUUUUAUAUAGGAUUUCGAACUGCUCAACAAUAGAGAAUCCAAUGAGGGCAGGAUCUCAACUGUGCUUAGCGACACGAGGGUAGAAUCUCGAUUGUACUUAAUGAUGAAGAUUCGGAUCUCGAUUGUGCGGAGGAUCCAUAUCUUCGCUAUGCUUAGCAAUGGAGGGUUGUGCUCA